GCUGCUUCUGACCCAUGUUCCUGCUCUGCUUGCCCCUGCCCUGUCUCCAGGUGAAGCUCUACCAUCCAGACAUGUCCUGCUACAGCCCGUGCGUGCCCUGCCAGCCCUGCGGCCCGACCCCGCUGGCCAACAGCUGCAAUGAGCCCUGUGUCAGGCAGUGCCAGGACUCCAAUGUCUUCAUCCAGCCCUCCCCCGUGGUGGUGACCCUGCCCGGACCCAUCCUCAGCUCCUUCCCACAGAACACCGCCGUGGGCUCCUCCACCUCUGCUGCCGUUGGCAGCAUCCUCAGCUCCGAGGGAGUGCCCAUCAACUCCGGGGGCUUUGGCCUCUCUGGCUUGGGCCUCUCUGGCUUGGGCGGCUGCUACUCCGGCAGGAGUUGUCUCCCCUGCUAAAGCUACGGCCUGUGCUGAGCUGUCCACUCGGGUCAACUUCUUUUCCCUGUUUUGACUCAUU